AUGUCAAAUUCAUUACCAAUACCUGGUACUGAAAAUGGUGGUAAUAAGGAGAGAACUAAAAGUCAACCUAUGUCACCAUUAAGUUUAUCUUUGCAAGACACUGCUAGUUUAUCAAAAUCAAUAUCUCAUACUUUACCCACCCCAGCUACUGAAAAGGCAAUUGCUUCAAUAGCUCCAUUAUUAGAUAAUUAUACACCAAAGACAUCAGCUGAAGAUUCUGCAUCAAGAUUGAAUUCUAUUAGUAGCUCACCACCUGGUGAGCUAGAAGCAUUUGACGAAUUAGAUGAAUUAACUAUUGAUAAUUUAAAUGUUCAUAAAUCAUCAUCACAUUCGUCAGAUAUCGGUCAAAAAUUAAAUAAAACUUUAUCUAAUACUUCAACAGCUUCAAAAAAGAGUAUUAGCAUUCCAAAAGAGGUCAUUGAAAAGCCUAAAUUACCCAAAAUUGGAAAAAUUGGUGUUUGUGCCAUGGAUGCAAAAGUUUUAUCAAAACCAUGUAGAAGAAUUUUGAACAGAUUGAUUGAAAACGGAGAAUUUGAGACUAUUAUAUUUGGUGAUAAGGUUAUAUUAGAUGAACAAAUUGAAAAUUGGCCAACUUGUGAUUUUUUAAUUAGUUUUUUUUCAACUGGGUUCCCACUAAAUAAAGCUAUAAGUUAUGUAAAUUAUAGAAAACCAUUUAUUAUUAAUGAUUUAGUAUUUCAAAAAGGUUUAUGGGAUAGAAGAGUAGUUUUAGCAGUUUUAAAUCAUGCAAAUGUUCCAACACCAGAAAGAAUUGAAAUUAGUAGAGAUGGUGGUCCUCAAAUUGAAAAUCAAUUAAUGGAUAGGUUAAAAGAAAUAGGAAUGAGUGAUGAAAAAUUGUAUAAAUUGACAAACCAGGAUGAACCUGAUUGGUCAAUGCCAGAUUAUGAUACUUUAAAAGUUAGUGAUAAAAUUAUUAAAAAACCAUUUGUUGAAAAACCAGUCGAUGGUGAAGAUCACAAUGUAUAUAUAUAUUAUCCAAAAGAAACCGGUGGUGGUGGAAGAAGAUUAUUUAGAAAAAUAGGAAAUAAAUCAUCUGAAUUUGAUCCAAAUUUAAACGAACCAAGAACUGAUGGUUCUUUUAUUUAUGAAAAAUUCAUGGACACUGAUAAUUUUGAGGAUGUAAAAGCAUAUACAGUUGGUCCAAAUUUCUGUCAUGCAGAAACUAGAAAAUCACCAGUUGUUGAUGGGAUUGUUAGAAGAAAUACUCAUGGUAAAGAAAUUAGAUAUAUUACAGAUCUAAGUGAUGAAGAAAAAUUAAUGGCUAAAAAUGUAAGUGCAGCAUUUAAACAAACAAUUUGUGGAUUUGAUUUAUUAAGAGUAAAUGGAAAAUCUUAUGUUAUUGAUGUUAAUGGAUUUUCAUUUGUGAAGGAUAAUAAUGAAUAUUAUGAUUCAUGUGCACAUAUCCUAAGAGAUUUAUUUAUACAAGCUAAAAAGUCUAGAGAUUUACUAAAAACUAGAAUACCUAAAAUGUUACAUAACAAGUCUCAAUUUGAAGAAAAGGAACAAAAAUGGGUUUUUAAAGGUAUGGUUUCUGUAAUUAGACAUGCUGAUCGUACACCUAAACAAAAAUUUAAAUAUUCAUUUAGAUCUCCAUUAUUUAUAAGUUUAUUAAAAGGUCAUACUGAAGAAGUUAUAAUUAGAGCGGUACCUGAUUUACAAGUAGUCCUUGAAACUGUUAAAAUUGCUGAAGAAAAGAAAUUGGAAGAUUUGAAAAAAUUAAAACAAUUACGUAUUGCAUUGGAAAAGAAGAUGAAUUUUCCAGGUACAAAGAUCCAAAUUAAACCUUCAUUGAAUUCAGAAAAUCCAGAAACAGUAGAUAAAGUACAAUUGAUACUAAAAUGGGGUGGUGAACCUACACAUUCUGCAAAACAUCAAGCUACAGAUGUUGGUGAACAAUUACGUCAAAAUUUGAAAUUAUUAAAUAGGGAAGCAUUAAAUGAUGUUAAAGUAUAUACAUCCUCAGAAAGAAGAGUUAUUACCUCAGCACAAUAUUUCACAAGUUCAUUAUUAGAAUGCAAAGAAUUACCAGAUGAUUUUUUGAUUGUACGUAAAGAUUUAUUAGAUGAUUCAAAUGCGGCGAAAGAUUUAAUGGACAAGGUUAAAAAGAAAUUAAAACCUUUACUUAGACAAGGAGCAGGAGCACCACCACAGUUUACAUGGCCUCCUAAAAUGCCUCAACCAUUUGAAGUUAUUAAACGAGUUUGUGAGUUAAUGAAUUUUCAUUCAAAAAUUAUGCAAUAUAAUUUUGAGACUAAAAAUGUUCAAGAAUUUCAAACAAAUUGGUGUUGUGGAGAAGAUCCAUUUUUAUUUAAAGAAAGAUGGGAUAAAUUAUUUCAAGAAUUUAUAAGUGUUGAAAAAACUCAUCCUUCUAAAAUUUCAGAAUUAUAUGAUACGAUGAAAUAUGAUGCUUUACAUAAUAGACAGUUCCUUAAAAAGAUAUUUUCAUUUGACCCAAAUGAUGAACAAUUAUUGGAAAAAUUGAGAUCUCAAUGUGGUGAGACUGUAAAUUCAUCAGGUUUGGUAAAUGAAUAUCCAAUAAAUAUACUUGCAAUGAAUAAUUUUAGAAUUCCAGAUUCAGAAAAGAGAAAUUCAACAUCUGCAUCUGCUGGUUCAUUAGGUUGGGUAUUAUCUAAAGGUACUACGGAAACAGAAACAACAGCUAAUCCAAAACAAUCUUCAAAUCCAUUUGAUCAUCCAACAUAUGCUAGAUUAAGAGAAUUAUAUAGGUUAUCAAAAGUUUUAUUUGAUUUUAUAUGUCCACAAGAAUAUGGAAUUAAAGAUGAAGAAAAAUUAGAUAUUGGUUUAUUAACAUCAUUACCAUUAGCAAAGCAAAUACUUUCAGAUAUACAAGAUAUGAAGAAAAAUGCAAGUUCACCAUCAGUUGUAAAUUAUUUUACUAAAGAGUCACAUAUUUAUACAUUGUUGAAUGUCAUUUACGGUUCUCAAUUACCUAUGAAAAUUGCAAGAAAUGCAUUACCUGAAUUAGAUUAUCUAUCACAAAUUGUAUUUGAAUUAUAUGAAGCUGAUGAACCAACAUCACCGACAGGUAAAAAACAUUCAAUUAGAUUAUCAUUGAGUCCUGGAUGUCAUACACAAGAUCCUUUGGAUGUUCAAUUGGAUGAUGAUCAUUAUAUUGGAUGUAUUCCAAGAUUAAGUUUAACUAGACAUUUAGAUAUGGAUUUGGUUACUCAAAGACUUAAAUCAAGAUUUUCAAGAGUUUCUUUACCAAAGCAAUUCACACCUGUUAAUAUUUCAAGUCCAUUGAUAUCUGGAUUAUAG